AUGGUCUACGUGCGGCAGCACAACCUCCCGGCCUUGAAGGAGUACAAGUACUCUGCCGUGGACCGGUCCCUGGUGUCGAAAUAUAUUCUCAAGCCCUUCUACACCAAUUUUGUCAUCCACUGCUUCCCGAUGAACAUGGCGCCGAACCUCAUCACCCUGACGGGGUUUUCGUUCGUCGUCGUCAACUUCUUGACCAUGUUGUGGUACAACCCCACCCUGGAUCAGGACUGCCCGAGCUGGGUCUACUACAGCUGGGCCAUUGGUUUGCUGCUCUACCAGACAUUUGACGCCGUUGACGGUGCUCAAGCACGACGAACGAAGCAAUCCGGACCCCUCGGCGAGCUCUUUGACCACGGUGUCGACGCUCUAAACACGACUCUGGAAGUCCUCAUCUUUGCCGCGUCCCAGAACAUGGGACAGGGCUGGAAGACUGUGGCCACUCUUUUUGCUUCUCUCCUUACCUUUUACGUCCAGACCUGGGACGAGUACCACACCAAGACUCUUACUCUCGGUAUUGUCAAUGGACCCGUCGAGGGUGUGCUCAUUGUUGCCUCCGUCUUCGCCCUGACCGGUUUCAUGGGAGGCGCGCACAUCUGGCAGCAGAGCGCCCUGCGCGCCAUUGGCGUUCCCGCGUCUCUGGGCAUUCCCGAGUUCAUCUACGAGCUCACCUUUACCGAGUGGUACAUGGUUCAGGGCACCAUCGUGACCAGCUUCAACACUUUCGAGUCGUCCGUCAACGUCAUCCGAGCUCGCCGUGCCCGAGGCGACCGUUCCCGCGGCGCCCUGCUUGGUCUUGUUCCGUUCUUCGCUGUCUGGGCCCUUAUCGUUACGUAUCUGUAUCUGCAGCCGAAUAUCCUCCACCACCACCUGAUUCCCUUUUCCCUCUUCGCCGGUCUCGUCAAUGCCUACAGCGUCGGUCAGAUGAUCACCGCUCACCUUACCAAGAUGCGUUUCCCCUACUGGAACGUCCUCGGCGUGCUCGUCGGCUUUGGUGUUGUUGAUUCCAUUGGCCCAGUCCUGCUGAACAACUACGGCUUUGGCUGGCCCAGCUCUCUGGGCGACGACAUCUAUCAAACCGCCUUUGUGUUCCUCAUGCUUGGCACCGCGGUUGGUGUGUAUGGAAGCUUUGUGGUGGAUGUCAUUGUUUCCAUCUGCGAUUAUCUUGACAUCUGGUGCUUGACGAUCAAGCACCCCCAUGUCGAGGCGGCUGUGUCGAAGCCCAACGGUAUCAAGAGCCACUAA